CCCGUUUCACCGACGGGAGCCGUCGCUGCCAUGACGACUGUGUGAGAACCGCCCUCUCGCUGCUGCUCCACAGGUUGGACAGUCAAAAGCCGGACCAGCUUCAGCAAGAUCUCCAGCGUCCACCUCUGUGGCCGCCGCUACUGCUUCGAGAGUGAGGGUGACAUCCAGCGUUUCCAGCGGGACUUCGCGUCCCGCCUGUGGCUCACCUACCGCCGGGACUUCCCGCCCUUGGCUGGGGGCUGCCUGACCUCCGACUGUGGCUGGGGCUGCAUGUUGCGAAGUGGGCAGAUGAUGCUGGCACAGGGCCUCCUGCUGCAUUUCCUGCCCAGAGACUGGACAUGGGCGGAGGGUGCAGGCCUGAGCCCCCCUGAGCCAUCAGGGUUGGCCUCUCCCAACCGGCACCACGGGCUUGCCCACUGGAAGCCCCCACGCUGGGCCCAGGGCGCCCCUGAGCUGGAGCAGGAACGCUGGCAUCGGCAGAUUGUGUCCUGGUUCGCCGACCACCCCCAAGCCCCCUUCGGCCUACACCAGCUGGUGGAGCUCGGACAGAGCUGGGGCAAGAAGGCAGGUGACUGGUAUGGGCCAUCUCUUGUGGCACAUAUUCUCAGGAAAGCUGUGGAGAGCUGCUCAGAGGUCACCCGCCUGGUGGUGUACGUGUCUCAGGAUUGCACAGUGUACAAAGCAGAUGUGGCCCGCUUGGUGGCUCGGCCGGACUGCACAGCGGAGUGGAAGUCUGUGGUCAUCCUGGUGCCUGUGCGGCUGGGUGGGGAGACCCUCAAUCCCGUGUAUGUGCCCUGCGUGAAGGAGCUCCUGCGUUCAGAGCUGUGCCUGGGCAUUAUGGGGGGCAAGCCGCGGCACUCGCUGUAUUUCAUCGGCUACCAGGAUGACUCCCUGCUCUACCUGGACCCCCACUACUGCCAGCCCACUGUGGAUGUCAGCCAGGCUGACUUCCCCCUGGAGUCCUUCCAUUGCACCUCACCCCGCAAGAUGGCCUUCACCAAGAUGGACCCCAGCUGUACUGUGGGGUUCUAUGCUGGAAACAGGAAGGAGUUUGAGACACUGUGCUCAGAGCUGACCAGGGUCCUCAGCUCCUCCGCGGCCACACAGCGGUACCCCAUGUUCACCCUGGCCGAGGGCCAUGCUCAGGACCACAGCCUAGACAACCUCGGCUCCCAGCCAACUCUGCAGCUCCCUUGCACUGGGCGGCUCCUCAAGGCGAAGCGCCCCAGCUCUGAGGACUUUGUGUUUUUAUAAAGGGAUGGGAUGGGGGAGAAGAUAGGACAAACACUAUUUAUUUUUUUAUUUAUGUCACACUGGAUGUGGGAGCUUGACCUCUGGUGGUGAUGGUACUUCCCACUUCUCACCCCCUUAAGCGCAGCUGAGACCAGCCCAGGAAACCUCCAGGCUGGAGCCAUUAAGCCAGGGACAGAGCCCAAAGGCCUGCCUCCUGCCACUUGGGCCCUCCUCACAGGGCGAGGAGGGAGGGAUGGCAGAUGGACUCCCAGGCACCCACUCAGGGCCUGACUCAAGUACUGUAGUUUGCACUGGACUGCUUGUGCCCUCACUGGCCUCAAAGCUCCUGUCCUGCUAAGGGCUGGUGGCAGUGUGGGAACUGGCUGCCUGGGGCCAAUAAAGCCGUCUGACUUGACCUCA